AUGCUGCGCUCCACGUCCACGGUCACCCUGCUCUCGGGCAGCAGCUCCGGGGCGCCCAACAAGAGGGCAAAUGUCUGCAGACUACGGCUGACUGUACCUCCCGAGAACCCAGUGCCUGAGCCGAGUGAAAAUAAGGUUGAAAGAAGAGAGCAGCAUCGUGACCUGAGCAAUGGAGAAGCAACCAGGAAACUUCCUCAGGGUGUUGUCUAUGGUGUGGUGCGAAGAUCAGAUCAAAACCAGCAGAAAGAAAUGGUGGUGUAUGGGUGGACCACCAGUCAGCUGAAAGAAGAGAUGAACUACAUCAAAGACGUGAGAGCCACUUUGGAAAAAGUAAGAAAGAAAAUGUACGGAGACUAUGAUGAAAUGAGACAGAAGAUCCGACAGCUCACCCAGGAACUGUCAGUUUCACAGGCAAAGCAGGACUAUCUGGAGAAUCACAUCCAAACCCAGUCGUCAGCCCUGGACAGUUUUAAUGCCAUGAACGCGGCGUUGGCGUCGGACUCCAUCAGCUUGCAGAAAACCCUCGUGGAUGUUACUUUGGAGAACAGCAACAUCAAGGAUCAGAUCAGAAAUCUGCAGCAGACGUACACAGCCUCCAUGGACAAGCUGCAGGAGAAGCAGAGGCAGUUAGAUGCGGCGCAGGUUGAAAACAAGCUGCUGAAAAUGAAGGUGGAAUCCUCCCAACAAGCCAACGCGGAGGUGAUGAGAGAGAUGACCCGGAAGCUGUACAGCCAGUACGAAGAGAAGCUGCAGGAGGAGCAGCAGCGUCACAACGCGGAGAAGGAGGCUCUCCUGGAAGAAACCAAUAGUUUUCUGAAAGCCAUUGAGGAAGCCAAUAAAAAGAUGCAGGCGGCAGAGAUCAGUCUAGAGGAGAAGGACCAGAGGAUCGGGGAGCUGGACAGGCUGAUUGAGCGCAUGGAGAAGGAGCGCCAUCAACUUCAACUUCAACUCCUGGAGCAUGAAACAGAAAUGUCAGUGGAAAUAACCGAUUCUAACAAAGAAAGGUAUCAGCAGCUGGAGGAGGCGUCAGCCAGCCUCCGGGAGCGGAUCCGACAUCUAGAUGACAUGGUGCAUUGCCAGCAGAAGAAAGUCAAGCAGAUGGUUGAGGAGAUUGAAUCACUAAAGAAGAAGGUGCAGCAGAAACAACUCUUAAUAUUGCAGCUUUUAGAAAAGAUAUCUUUCUUAGAAGGAGAGAAUAAUGAACUACAAAGCAGGUUGGACUAUUUAAUAGAAACCCAGUCCAAGACUGAAGUGGAAACCAGAGAGGUUGGAGUGGGCUGUGAUCUUCUACCCAGCCAAACAGGUAGGACUCGUGAGAUUGCAAUGCCUUCCAGGAACUAUACCCCAUACACACGAGUCCUAGAGUUGACCACGAAGAAAACGCUGACCUAA